AUGUCCUCUUCAAGCUCAUGGGAUGCGUACUCACAGCAUACGGGACUGCCCGCUUCCUUGGAGCAGUACACUCACUCAUUUCCAUCAGACAUGCGUGGUCUAGCAGGGAGCUCUGCCUCUUCAGGAAUGAGCGGCUUACCGGGUGAAGGUAUGUUGGGGUAUCCAAAAUCUAGUGAUCUUACGGCUGCAAACUUAAACCUGUCUUCUCCCUAUGCUGCUUAUGGCCAGCCGUACGCUGGCAUGCCAGAUCUGGGAUUUAGCGCCUCUUCUCUCAGGUCGAGCUCUAAUGCCCACUCUCCUGGAGCUGCUGCAGACAAUUUGCCUGCCUCAUCACCCCACGGCCAGUACUCCAGCACCCCAACUUCUGAGAAUCAAUCAUCCUCCCCAUCUUUUCCCAACUCUACCUCUUUGUACACCCCUAGCACAGUCACUAGCAGUAUUUCAUCCAGUCCCUAUGCACAGGCUUUUGGAGGAUCCACCAGCUCAGGGGACUCAUCCACACGUGGUCCUUUCUCUCCAUUUGCCCAGUCUUAUGGCUACCCAAUGUAUGGAUAUAACCAGGUUAGUGGCUUUCCGCCUUCCAACUCUUUGGAGGGAGUCAAUCGAUAUAUGGGAGGCAUUUCAUCUUCACCACUAAUGCAGUCAUCUGCCAUGGGGCUCUACUCCAACAACCAGGCCAGCCAGAUGCCAUUUCCCUAUCACUCACCCAUGAGUUGGGGUCCUCCAAUUCCCGGGUUCCCAUUGAAAGAGAGCUCAGACAUGGUGUCACAAGAUGAGCUGGAGCGGUACAGGUACAGGCAGCUGUCAAACCCAUACUUUCCAGGCUUAUCAGCGGGAGCUCCUACAGGGCGCAAUUUUCCAGCACAUGCGCUGCAGCCAGCUAUGAUGAGAAGCACUCCAUUUCUCGAUGACAGGACCCACAGUCCUCCUCCAAAGAAGCCCAAGAAGUCUGCAGAAGAAGCGGAAAGACCUCCCACACCUCCACCACGAGACCCUUCUACCUUCCACUCCCACAGAGGUGUCUAUCUGUUUACCACAAACGUAGAGCCUGGCUCUCCAAAUUACUUCUGUGACAAAUAUGUCUUGCUGGAAAAAGAGUUGUGUGAAAAGCUGUCUCGAGUCAGUCUUCCAGGCAAGAUCCAGUAUGUGUACAAUCCCUUGGAAUAUGCUUUUGACUCACAUCUAAAUUUUGUGAGGAGAUUUUGUACUGGAGAGAAGUAUGUUUUGUUUGUUGGCAUGAAUCCUGGGCCGUUCGGGAUGUCUCAGAAUGGGGUUCCAUUUGGCGAAUGUUCGAUUGUGAAGGAGUGGCUGCAGAUUGAGGGUGAGGUCCUCAAGCCAGUUCUAGAGCAUCCCAAGCGACGAAUUGUUGGGCUGGAGUGCUCCAGAUCAGAAGUCACCGGCGCCCGAUUUUGGCAGUUGAUUCGCACUUUGUGUCACACACCAGAACAUUUCUUCAGAACCAGCUAUGUGCACAACCUAUGUCCGUUUGCCUUUCUGACCGACACAGGGAAAAAUGUCACCCCUCCGCAGUUAGCCUCCUCUAUUUUGGACCAGAUCAACGUUUUGUGUAAUGCCACUUUGAUCGAGGUUGUACGACUGUUGAAGAGCAAGUACGUCAUAUGUGUGGGCAAAUAUGCCCUGGCUCAGGCACAGAAAGCCCUGUCAGGGGAUGAGUUUAGUGGGAUCACGUUAGAGUGCUUGAUGCAUCCCAGUCCCAUCAACCCGGCCGCCAACAAGGGCUGGGCUGAUAUUGCCAUCAAGCAGUUGACUGAAAUAGGCAUUAUUGAUGUUAUUAGAUAUGGCAGGCCACCUUACCAGACUCCCAGUCAGCCUCCUUCCUUGUCCCAUCCACCUCAUCCUCCAAAUUCAGCAUCGUCGUCGUCAUCGUCAUCAUCAUCAGUGAGCCAACAUUCCCAUUCCCACCUCCAGUAUCAAAAUAAGCAAUCCCCAGGUCACUACGGCUUCCAGUCUCCACCAGUGCAGUCCUGUCACCAGGGUUCAAACAGCCACCAGUCUCCGGCACAUGCACCAGCACCCAGUCAGUCACCUGCACAUGGCUCGUCACGGAGCCAGUCUUCUCCAGCCCAUGCUCCAGCAUCUGUCAACCAGUCAUCACCAGCACAUUCAUCCUGUAGCCAGUCGCCGGCAUUGCAGCAAGGACCAGCCACACAGUCUCCCACCCAGACAAGGGGAGCCAGCAGCUCCACUCCACACCAGGGUCCUGCAGACCAGCCAACAGAUUAUCAAUAUAUAGAAACCAGGAACGGAGACAAGGGUAAUGGAAACUUAGAAUCUUCGGGCAGUUCUCAUGAAGGCCAGAACUUUUCCCAACUUAGUUCUAAUGGCAUUCCAGCAUAUUCUAGUGACCCUGUUGGACAUGGUCAUGAGAAUGGUAUCCACUCUCACAGUGAUUCUGGCUCCCAAAGUUCAGAUAUAUCCAAAGGAAAUUCACCAAGUAUUCCAUAUUCUUCAGGAAACCCACAUGCAAACACAUCAGAGGCGCAACAUUCACAUUCAACGCCCAGUUCACACAUGAGUGUUCCGAACUCCCAGUUAACCAGUAGUGGACACAUGAGUGCAGCAAACCAGCGGAUGCACCAUCCCAUGAGCUCUGCUCAUGCUCAUCUGGGAAUGAGCAUGCCAAUGUCCAGUUCACCAGGCCUGCAGCAGACUGGCUCAGCUGACCAUCAUGUUGGCUUGUCUGGCCAGCAGAUUAGCUCUCCGCAGAUCCACACACCAGAUCCUCACAUGACCUCACAAAACUCUCACAUGGGCUCCAUGAACUCUCACAUGGGGUCAUCCAUGGGAGGCUCUAUGUCCAUGGGAUCACACAUGGGAAUGGGUGUUUAUGGUCAGAUGGGCUCUAUGAAUCCGUACGGUCAGAUGGAGAUGGGACAUAUGGGUGGUUAUGGCCCAUGCAUGUCCCUUGGUAGUUACGUAGGGGCACCGGGUGUCAGACCUGGAUCUGAAAUGACAGGGUAUGGACACCAUAUGGGUUUACAUAAUUCAGGCAUGGGAAUGACAAUGUCGGGCAUGCAUAGUGGGAGACAUAUGGCGUCACAGAUGGGAAUGUUCAACCCACAUAUGGGUGCUAUGAUGGGUGCAGCGGAGCAUCUGUCCAUGCAUCCUGGGGUCAACUCCAUGUACGACAGCCACCUUGGCAAGGAGAUGCCAUACAACAGCCACUACACGGACAAGCCACCAGAAUGUAGUUAA